AUGUCUCUCGCUGACUACCUAGCAAAGAACUACCUGACGGCCGACACACUAUCCUCAGACCGGCCUAAGAAGAAGCGCAAGAAGAACAAGCAUGCUGAACGCGAGGCAGGCAGCGGCGGUGGACUGAUAAUCGCAGAUGACGACCCGCCGUUAUUCUCUAGUUCGACCAAGACAUCCAAGUCUAGACACCAGCGUGGUGAUGGAAGUGAUGUAGACGAAGAUGAUGAAAUGACAUACGCUGUGAGGGGGGGAACGAGCAGCGAAUUUCGGAAAUCCAAGUCCUCGCAAUGGCAGACUGUGGCUGGGCCUACGCCUCCGACGAACGACGACCAGAUAGCAGCAGAUGCAAUAUUAGCCUCCGCGGCUGCGGAGCGGGCAGCAGAGAUGGAUGCUGACGAGGAUAGACCUACGAUAGCCAACGAAGAUGACUCGGCGCCGCGAAUGGAAUCUGGGAUGAGAGCCGGUCUGCAAACAGCAGCUGAUACGGCGGCCAUGGUAGCUGCGCAGGAAAAGCAACAGGCUCUGGAAGCCGAGAAGCUACGAAAGGAUAGGAAGAAGAAAGGGAAGCAGGAAGUCAGUCUGGAAUCGGAAACGAUCUAUCGAGAUGCGUCUGGACGGAUAAUAAACGUUGCGAUGAAGAGAGCUGAGGCGCGUAAGGCGGCGGAGGAGGCGGCAGCUGCUGAACGGGCUGCGAAAGAAGCGUUGACUGGUGAUGUGCAGAGGGAGGAGAGAGAGGCUCGCCGUGUAGCGUUGGAGGAGGCGAAAUUUAUACCGCUUGCACGAACGGCGGAGGACGAGGAUUUAAAUAUGGAAUUGAAGGCGAGACAACGGUGGAAUGAUCCUGCAGCGGCAUUCUUGUCUGAGCCGAAGGUUUCUGGCGGCGGUGGUGGUGCUGUCGCUGGUGUCAGCUCCGGCGCUGGGAAGAAGGUGUAUAAAGGGCCAUCACCGCCGAAUCGAUAUGGCAUCCGGGCUGGAUUCAGGUGGGAUGGCGUGGAUAGGAGUAAUGGGUUUGAACAUAAAUGGUUCGAGGCGCGGAAUCGACGAGGCAGGAUAGAGAACCUGGAGUAUGCAUGGCAGAUGGAUGAGUAG